UGGCCGAGGUAAGACACUGCGAUGGUGUUCCUUGCUCGGUGAUCGGCUCCUUUUGCGGAAUUAUUGGCGUUAUGUGCUGAACGAAUCGAAGGGUGUGAUGGCAGGAACAGAGGGCAUCAUGCACGGCACCCUCUACAGCGCAGCGAAUGGCCAGCUCUCUGGCACCACGGCUCCCGGGGCCUCCUCCACAAACACUACCAACUCUCUCAACCAUAGCUCACUAAACGGCGUCAUGCCCCUCAACAGCAUGGCCAUGUCCAAUGCUUGCCAGUAUGAGAGCAGUAAGCUGGACAUGCAGGAGAACAAGGAGUGGUUUGGAGCGACCGGGGGUGGCGUCGUCGAACACCUGGACCAAGCACAAACGGAGACCCAGAUAAAGGAGGAAGUACAAGAGGUUGAUGAUAAUGCACCAGUUAUAGACAUUAUGAUCAACAAUGUGGUGUGCUCCUUCUCUGUUGCAUGUCACAUUGACCUGCAACAUGUAGCCCGGUUUGGUCAUAAUGUCGAAUUCAGGAAAGAGAAUGGAAUGGUAACCAUGAAAUUACGAAAGCCUUUAACUACCGCCUCUAUUUGGUCAUCGGGAAAAAUCACCUGUACAGUUAUGAGCCAGAGCUUCAUCCUGGCGUUACUUAUAAGAUCGACUAUCCUAAGGCCACACUCAAGAUAUUCUCCACGGGAAGUAUUACAGUCACAGCUCCAAGUGUCAGCAAUGUCCAGAAUGCCAUAGAGCACAUUUAUCCCUUGGUACAAGAGUUUAGCAAAGUGAGAACCCCAGAGGAAAUGGAAGAGUUCCGGCGCAACAGGGCUAGACGUUCAGGUGAAAUCAUAGAUUCCGACACCGACUUCUCUUUAUCAGAAGAAGAAUAUGAAGAUUUGUAAGAGAUCGGCAAUAAAAUAAUGAAAACUUGAAAACAGUUGUUGUAGUAAAGUGCAUACAGCAUUAAAAAUAAAAUGGAAAAAAGUGUGGCCUUGACCAAGGUUGUACUUGGUGGAGCUUAAUACAGUAAAAGCAUGCUGUUAUGCAUGCAGUGAUUAUCAUGUUAGUCAAGAAAAUGAAAUAAUGUGCAUUAUAAUGUGUUAAAAUAGUGUUACUCUCACAAACUAGGCAUAGUAAACCACUCAAAGUCAACACUGAACAUCAUGCAUAUCAAAGUGGAUGGAAUAUACUGUUACAUGGAAAAGGAGUAAACAUAUCUUGUGUUGAUAGUGUCAUGACAGACUCGAAUACACAACACAGCUCAGCUGAGGUAUUUUGGAAGGAGAGGUGCCUGUUUCUUUAAAUGAUGAAGCACAAGGAAAUGUUCAAGUAAUGAAUCUGCUCAAUGCUUUUAGUUUAUCUUUCAUUGCUGUAUCUUUUCUGAUAAGAUUUUCUACCUCUGUCUCCAAACCAAUUGAUUCAUUAAUGAAGUUUCCUUUUUUGGUAGAAUGUUUCACUUGGUGGCUAAAUGGCAAAGUGGUUUUGAGCCCAAAACUGUAGAAGCUUGAAUGCUGCAACUGUAAUGUGGGGCUGGCCAGACAAGCUCCAGCCCCUUUGGCUUCUGGCUGCAACUGAGGUAUGCAUAUUAAAGUGACAAGUGGUCAGAAUCGUUUGAUGUAUAGUUUUCUACAAUUUAUACUUUAUGGUAGUCCAGCUUUGUGUCAUGGUGCUUCUAUCUAAAAGAUGGCCUUGAAGCAUGGCAGUGUAAGGCCUUCGUACCAUUACCAUGCAUCCCAUAGAAAAGGGAAAAUGGAAUCAUGGAUUAUAAAUGUGAUAAAAAGGAAUUAAUUUGCUUUUGUGACAAGAUGGUUUAUGAAAGCCCAAGGAGUUCUGCUUAAAAUUUGGCCUCCUUGCCUAGUCCAAUGCUCUUUGUAUUACCCCACCGACUUGAAGUGUGAGCCAUAGUGUAUUUAACAAAGUACAUUAACCUGUUGAAACUUAAAUGAGUCCUUCACCAUGUGUAGUUACCUCUUGUGCUUAAAGCUGCUGAAAGAGACAAUUUUAAUGUUUUCAGUCGUCGGUAACUACAGCCAGCAGAACUUGCCAGUGUGUGUAGGUGUUGUGGAAGUCUGCAGAAUGCAUGACUUAUAAAAAAAAAAAGCGCGUUUAGGCUUACGCAUCAAGUAUAAGGGAUGGCCAUGAUCAAAAGUUGUGUCAAAAUGUAUAUGUAUUAACCACAAUAUUAAAGGGAAAAAAAUAGAUUGCCGACUUGAAAGGCUUCUGUGAAGAUCUGUUAUCCUAUACAUUAUAUUUGUUUCAUCACUUUUCAGUUGCAAGUUCAUGGGCAUAUUUAUCCCAGAAACCUUUAUGAGGGCGUACAAAUUUUAAGUUGGUAAUGUAUUUUCCUUUCACUGAAGGUGCUGUCAACUUUCUAAAAAUGGUUAUGAUAUUUACAUUAAUGUACAGGCUCUUAUUUUAUUUUACUAUUUUGCCAUCUGUUGAAAAGGUUAUUUUUCCAGUUUUUAUGUGAAAUUGAUUGCUGUGAACAUAACAUUAAAAAAAGGAAAUCAUGUCCUGUGUAAAGGUUUUCUGAGCUUAUGUAAUCUUAUUCAUAUGUUCAUUAAUAUUAACAUUAAAUCCAAUAUACCAUUCCCAAAGACAUGCCAAA